AACAAACCAAAUAUUCGUAGGGUGUACGUUUGCCUGAGCACUAGCUAUAGGUUAUGCCGGGCUAACUGAACUGUCAUCGGAUUCACCAUCUGAUACAGAUAGUGUGAUUCAUUUUGUAGGUAAUUAAAUUCAUUAAACAUUAUUGUGAUAUAUUUACAUUCUGGCCUACUUUAAGUAGUGUUAAAGCAUGUUAAUGUGCAGUCCAAGAAAAUGGAAAAGUGCAUCUUAGCAGGAUCACCCAACUGGUACCUGUCACAAGUUUUGGAUAUAUCUUCUGACAGUAGAGUAGCCUAUGGCUCUCUGUCAAGUUUGGUGAUACUUGAUCCCUCUCACAUCUUAAAUCCAGUGACAAUAAAUCAUGCACAUAGUUCUAAAGUAUUAUCAGUAUCAUUUCCUCCCCAUGGCUUUGGUAACAAAUUGUUGUCAACCAGCGAGUCUGGUGAAGCUUUUGUGUGGGAUUUGAACUCACGAAAAAUAGCCCAGUUUUACAAACAUCCUCAGAAAUGUGCAAUACUUGGAAACUGGUCUCCUGUCGAUGGUAAUUUGAUUGUACUAGCAGAUGAAAAUGGAAAUCUUUUGCAAUGGAAAAUAGAACCCAACAAAACAAGCAUCAAACAGUUCAAAGAGCAUGCUUUCACAGUUGUAUCUUGCUCUCCUCAUGACCAGACACUUGUUGCAACUGGUACUAAGAAAGGCCUAGUUUGUGUUGUAAAUAUAAAGGUUCCAGGAAAGGAAUUUAUUCUCCACAAACUGCGAGGUCAUGAUACAGAUGUAGUUUCUUUAUCCUGGUGCCCUGUCAAGGAAAAUGUCAUUAACUCCAAAAAUGACCAGGACAGUAUGUUGCUUGCAUCUGGGGCCAAAGAAAAAAGGAUUUACUUCUGGAGAGCUGGGCAGGAUGGUCUAUAUGAAACCUAUGUAGAUGUACCAUUUGCACCAAGGACACAAGCUGCAAUGAAGCAAUGGACAUGUGUUAGCUGGUUUGAACCACAAAAACUGCUAGUAUCUACAGUUGUUGGAGAAGUUUUAUCAAUUGAUGUAUCAAAACUAAAGUCAAAAAAAGUGACUGAAAAAGUGCCCAAGUGGGAGCAUUUUUCUGAUAGCCACAAUCGAUGCCAUGUUAUUGUUAAAAGUAGCCUUUGGCAAAUGAUGAAUGGCGCAGGGGAGGAAGACUGGCGAAAGAAGGAGGCUGUACCUCAUUGGGUAUGGACUUUUGGGGCAGAUCGCUUAAUUUCUGGAGUUAGUUGUUCUGAAAAGAGAUUUUCUCCCAUCAAAGUGAAUACAAUCGGAGGUCCAGUUCAUGCCAUGUCUAUAUCGUCCAUUGAUGGAACAAGUUUGGCUAUUGGAGUUGCCGACAAAUCUAUAAGAGUAAUCAACCUUAUUGAACCUCAGUUGAAAACAAUGCAAACAUUCAACCAGAAAGUAAGUGGAAAAGUUAUGUCUCUCUCUUGGCAUCCGUCAAAGGAUGGUUGGCUUGCUUAUGGCACCUCUGAUGGUCGAAUAGGUAUACAGUUCACAUGUUCUGUUAAACCUCCUUUACUUUUUCGACCUUUCACUAAAGAGAGUAUAUACUCAAUGGAAUGGGGACCUUCUUUAGCCUCAAUCAAGGUUAAAUUUGAGCCUUCUGAAUAUUCUGAGGAGGGCGCAACUGAAGUGAAAGCAUCUCGUUAUGUAUUAUAUGCCAUUGGUGGAGGAAAAAUUGCUGCCAUGGAUCCUAGCAAACCAGACCAAGUUUUUGAUGGAGUGUUUGAGGGUGUGUUAAAAUCAAUUCCAAAGAUUGAAAACCUCAAGUCGAAAAGUAAGACUGUUGGACUUACAGACUUGUCAUGGAAACCAGAUUACUCUCUACUGGCUCUUGGAGAUGAAACAGGUUCAAUCCAUUUAAUUAAACUGGAUGAGAGUGAUGAACUGAUAUUGGUGACAUCGGUAAAGGUGCAUUCUUCAUUAGUCCAGGACCUCUCAUGGCACCCUCAAUGCUGUUCUUCAGACACUUCUGAUGUGUCUCCUCAAAGCAAUUGGCUUGCUACUGCCUCCAAUGAUGUUAACAUUUGUAUUCUUGAUGUCACCUCUGUCCUUGAGGGAAAGCUGGGUGAAAGUGAUAACAAUUCUCUUCCCUCUGCUCUCUCCAAUGUCCCAUGUAUUGCAACUUUGAAAGGACAUAAGCUGAGAGUCUCCAAACUGGCAUGGAGUCCUCAUGAAGGAGGUCGUCUGCUGUCUGUGUCAUAUGACCAGUGUGCUCAGGUUUGGGAUGUUAUUAAUCGUAAACCCAUUGCAUGCUACACUCUUCAUAGUGCUCCUCUGUUUUGUUGUGUGUGGAGCCCAUUCAACUCCUCUUUGGCCAUCACAGCUGGCAUGGAAGGUAGUGUUAAUGUUUGGGAUGUACUCGACCAAGAAAUCAAGUUACCAAUAGCCAAGAGUAAGGAUGGCCCUAAUUUACUAGACGAAGCCAAAGAGGCUAGCUCCUCUUUCAGUAAUCUUGUUAAUGGUGUGAAUUCUUCCAUUAAUGGAGACAGUGAGCCAACGAAACCUAAAAAUAAAACCAAGAAAGAAAAGGCUAUCUUGUCUCUUAGUGGUCCAGAUAUGCAAAAUGAAGAUAGCAAUAUAGCUAUUUUAAAAUUCCUUCUUCAUCCAACAGCUGACAAUUCUGAUCUCAAGUUCACAAUGUCUGAUGAUGAAAACCAUAAAAGAAAGUUACCCACACAUUAUGCAUUUUUUGCUGAUCAGUCUGCUGUUGAUCAGUAUUUACUUAAAGAAACAAAAUCUGUGGCGAACAAUGAACUUAGCUUCACUCUAAAUGUCUGGAGAGGAUCUCCUAAGGAUGCUAUUGCUGAAGCUAUUAGAACAAGAACUGUGAAUAGUUAUAUUAUAUCCAUAGCACCAUCAGUGUCCCACAAAAUGUGGGUUGAGGCUUGUGCAGUAUAUGCUGAUCAAUUAAAGGAAAUCCAGGAAUUCGAUAAAGCCUCAGUCUAUCUUCUUGCAAUUCAUAAAUAUGAGGAAGCUGUUAGAUUGCUGGCAGAGAAUGGAAAGUACAGACAUGCUCUUGCAAUCGCCCGUUGCCGUUUACCUGCUGAAAGCCCUUUAGUUCAGACCCUCCUCACUGAGUGGGCUCAACGAAGUUUAAACAAUGGUCAACAAAGUCUUGCUGCAGUUUGCUUUGCAUCCGGUGGAGAAUGGACAAAAGCAGCUGAAUGUCUUGCUCUGAAGAAAAUUCCUAGUCGCCUCGUACUUGCCGCACAAAUUAUGAAGGAGAAGAGCCCUGAUCAAACAAAUGGCAUAUUUUAUGCCCGCGAAUGUUUUGACCUUUCCCUCUGCCAACAGGAUUGGACAGCAGCUCAAACCAUAUUAAAUCUGUAUCCUACUUUGAAUCAUCAGGCCCUUCGACUCUUUAUGCACCAAAUGCUAUAUAGCAGUAAAGAUUCACUCUCACCAAUAGAUUGGUUAAAUUUAAAGAACACAUCAGGUUUAGAGACCAAAGAGGAUGAUGUACAUGUAGCCAUUUGCUUGUCUAAAGAUAAAGUACUUGCUUUAGAAAAUGAUUUUGUGAAUGAAAUCACAGUAAACAAUGAAGAAACAGCUUGGUUAGCUGCAAGCCGCAAGCUUACCCAGGCAUAUUUAGCAGCACCAGAUCUUUUCCCACAAAUUAAAGAGAGAUUCCUCAUUGAAGAUAUUCUCGACAAAGGACAAAAUUUGCAGAGUGCAUAUCGGCAUCUUGUUCAAGCUAUGGCUCUUCUAUAUCAUUUCCACAUUACUAGUAUGAAGAAUGAAAGUGGUGUUCCAAUCUUUCUCAGAGUAUGCAUGUGGCUUGCUCCUAGAGGUCCAUUGCAGAAUGAUUCCAUGUUUGCAUCACCUUCGUCGUCUUUGCAAAGUAGCUUACGUGCUUAUUUGGCAGCAGGAUUGUUAUUCUGGAUGUUGAAAUGGAACACCACUGAUGAAUGUAAAAGAGCUCAAGUACUUGCAACUGUUGAAUCUCUCAAAAAUGACAUAUUUUCAGUUGAUUCAUUGAAAUCCUUCAAAGUUGAGUUUAAGCUUAAGUUUCUUCAAGAGUGUAAAGUAAAUAGACUUUUGAAAGAGAAGCAAGUUACAAAGCCAGAAGGUACUCUUGAUUCUCCAGAAAAUGUUCAUACUCAAACAUCAAAUGACUUCCAAGAUGAGUCGCUGCCUGUUCAUACUACACAGAAAGCUGCUAUUGGUGAUUUAUCACAAAAUGAUCUGACGGAGCCUAAAAAUACAGCUACAAGGAAUACGGAAUCUGUAACUGGUAAUCAAGGUGUCAUAUUACCUUGUGCAGAUCAAAAUACUGAUGCUGACGAAUUGGAUGAACUUUCGAAUUGGAUUGAAGAAUUUACUGUGAGGAGGGAGAAGGUUCCUAAUCCUUACCUCAGUUACAGCAACUUAAUUCAAGUCUUGAACAUACAUAAGACUGAUAAAAGUUGUAAUGAAAUGUUAGAAAAAUAUUCUGCCUUUUGGGAACAAUGUAAUAGUUUAUUGGAUGUUUAGAAUACCUGAGUUUUGAAUUGUAUAAAAUGAUACAAAGAAUGAUUUGUUUGUAAGUUUCAAUAAAACUUCUUCCUUUGUAAA